AUGUCCCUCUCUCAAUGCUGCGCUACCGGCUUCCGCUGGGAAGGCACCCCCAAGGGCAAGGAGACCACGCUGUCCAGCAACAAAGCCUACGUGACGGGCACGAACAAGGACGCCGCGGUGCUCAUCGUGCACGAUAUCUUCGGCUGGACUCUGACGAAUGCGAGGAUGUUGGCGGAUCACUAUGCUGAGGAGGCCGAUGUCACCGUGUACCUGCCGGAUUUCUUCGCCGGCGAAAUCGUCGCUCCAGAUCGUCUCGACCCUGCGUAUGCAGGCGAGCCGUUCGAUAUCAACGCCUUUAUAAUCCGAAACAACAAAGAUACCAGAUGGCCCGAGAUCUCGGGCUGCGCCAAAGCACUAAAGACUGAACAUGGGUUCAAGAAGGUCGGCGCAAUUGGAUUCUGUUAUGGCGGCUGGGCAGUAAUGAAACUGGGUGCCAAAGAAAACGGCUUGGUAGACUGCGUGUCGACCGGCCACCCGGCGCUUAUGGAGAAUGCCGACAUAGACAACAUUGGCUGCCCGGUCCAGUUCCUUGCGCCGGAAGAAGACAACACGUUUACUCCCGAGAUGAAGGAAUACACCUUGAAGACACUGCCGACGCUGGGCAUUGAUUUUGAUUAUCAGUACUUCACGGGCUUGAAACACGGGUUCUGCACAAGGGGCGAUGUGAACGAUCCGAAGCAGAAACAUGGUCUUGAACGAGCGAAGAAUGCGGCGGUGAGUUGGUUCAGAGAGUAUUUGCACUGA